GAACAAGCACAAGACUCACCGUUCGAAAAUACCACGCUUGUAUAUUUUAAGUUGUAUCUUGACCAGCAGUAUCCUUUUUGUGCUACACACAAACUGCUCUCUCUGAAGCGCCUUGAAAGAAUAACCAACCAGGAUGACAAAGAUGUCAAAGAUAUUGACUUGGCGACUUUUGAUGUCCUUUCUGGAUUCAAUGCUCUGGGACACAUGUUUUUGUUUUUCACAAAUAUGGUUGAAGAUGACAUUGAUAGUUUGACCAAUAAACCCAUUGGACAAACAAAGCUUCAAGUUGAGGCUGGUAGAGACCUGCCUCUUGAAUUCAUUGGUAAGUGCAUGCAUGGCUACACCAAUUUAUAGAUCCCCUGUUUAAAAGCAGAUUCUCUCUCCUAUUCCGUAAGAAAAAAUAAUGCUUUUGAAAGGCUCAAAAUGGACGAAGAAUGGAAUUCGAUCGGAGAACAUUUGAGACUGCCAUCACAGUAUGAUAUCUAUGACCGAAUCGAAAAUAAGCGGCUGACUUCAGUUUGUACGAAAGGUGACGACCAGCUGGUACAAUCAACAUCAAUGAACUCGGACAGCACUAUGUUUCGCUACUAUCCUCCGGAACGUUUCACCCCGUCCACACCCCCAUCAUCACACGGUAACCAUAAACCAUCUGUUUCAUCAUCACACGGUAACCAUAAACCAUCUGUUCCGAACACCGCUUCGGAACGUGUUACGCCUGUGUGGGAUGGGGAGCAUAAAUAUGACACUGUUUCGAGGACGCGUGAGUCACCGGUGAUGAUAGACUGUUCGUCGCCACAAAUACGUUUGCUGUGGAGGCAUGACCGAAAGCACAGCGCUGAAUCCUCUAUAGCCUCAAGUUCUCCAUUGUCUUCAGACAUACCUGGUCCGGUUCACAUUCGCCAGCGCAGUGUCCCGGCAGCCAUGCCAUCGUUUGGACAGUAUCAACUGAACAAAGAUAUUAUUCCGGGUGACUCUGGUUUGGAAAGAAACACAUUGUCAUCCUCUUCGAUUUCCAAGGAGGCUACCGGAACUCUUGGAGAUGAUACAUAUAACUUGGUGAUCGAUAUUCAUGUACAUAGUGGAGAAGUACAAUGUGGAAACGAAAGGAUGACCAAGAGUUUGAUUACACAAACUGAAGCCUCAUUGACACCAAGGUAUCUCACCUCAGAGAUCAAGGGACGUGUGGACAAGACAUUCAUAGGAGACUGUUUCGAUAUGACGCCGCGUCGCAACGGAUCGACCGCUACGCUCGAAAGACUGAAAAGAAACAUGCCACCGCUCAAUAAUCAAGAAAUGAACUACAAAACUGGUUUGAGCCAGGCGAACAAAAAGUUUUCAAAUCUCUCGGAAUCAGUAGUAGAAACGAACGACACCUAUUCAGAGGUUUCUAGGACAUCGCGUGGAAUAAAAUGCAGCAAUCAUGAAGAUAGCUGCAUUCAGAAACAUCGAAUCCAGACUCCAAUGCCUCAGCGCAAGCCUACAAACGUGGAACAGGCUAAACCGUGGAAGUCUAUUCGACCCUGUCGAUCAAACUCUGUCAGUACUCAGUACCAUACUCCUGAAUCGGGUCCUUCUACUAACCAUCAGGAAAUGGAUAUACUUCAAGUAGUGCGAUUAUUGCAAUCCCCAGAACCUGAGGUAGUCAUUAACGCCUCAGCCUACCUACAACAUCUUGUCUAUCGAAACCCCAAUAUGAAGGAACGAACACGUCAAUGUGGAGGUAUUGCAGCGCUUGUUCAACUGCUUUAUUCAGAGCACGUACAAAUCUGUCAGAAUACUGUGGGCGUACUGAGAAACCUUACAAGCGGUGAUAAUCUUGAGAUAAAGGAGGAGCUGGAACGCGUUGGUGGAAUCCGAGCAUUAUCUUGGCUAAUUGAGAACCGUCAAGGUUAUCCCCAUCCACUGCCUCACUCUACCGAUUCGACAACAGUAACGGAUGAAUUAACCGUAUGCACCGGACCCCAUGCAGCAAAUAGGGCCGAGAACGCACCAGCUGCUACUGCCACCGAGUUGUUCAUCAAUGAAGAAUUUCGCCCAACUUUGGAUAGUGCAGCUGCGGUUCUAUGCAAUCUGGCAGCAGUGAAUCAUUUAAAACGCAGUGUGUUGCAGGAGGCUGUGAUACCAAGCCUGGUGCACACAGUUUUGAAGCCAGCUGCCUGUCAGACAGUGAGCAAUGACAGCAGAACUGUUCUGCGCGAACCAUCAUUUAUCACUGUCCUUUUUCGAAAUGUUGCAGCUGUUCUAAGAAACGUCAGCAGUUCCGAGGAUCGCGAGGUUCGCGACCGCAUGCGUCAGUGUCCCCAUCUGCUAUGGAGCUUGAUCACCAUUUUACGCGCGGCGGUUCGACUGCAGUGCUUUGAUACCAAAUCUGUGGAACACUGUGUUUGCUGUUUGAGGAAUUUGUGUUUCUCCUUACAACAAUCAACUGCAUCAGCAGCUCCACAUUUACAGUCUGUGAACACACAAGAUAAGAGAUCAGACAACCUUGUUGACACCAAGUCCCAGUCAGGAUCGAUAAAACUAUUCAGGAGUAAGAAUUCCAGCUUAAAAGCCAGGUCAUAUUCAGAAACAGAAACUGCUCCCGAUGGACUGGAUCCCUUCCCUCCGAAGAGUGUAUUAAACCUGCUUUAUCAAACAGGGACUAUUCAAAUGCUUGUUGAUCUCCUUCAGUCCAGUUCGAAUCCAUGCACCUUAGAGGCGGCUGCGGGAACAAUUCAGAAUUUAACAGCAGGUGGUGUCUUGACAGGUCCAAUCGUCCGAAAAACGGUCCGAAAUCUUCAAAGUUUACCCAUCCUCGUUGACCUGAUCAGUGCUCCUACACGGCGAGUUUCCACUGCAGCAGCCAAUGCGCUGCGCAAUUUGGCUUUGGAAGAAGAGAGCUGCUUGCUGUUAGGGAAGCAUGCUCUGGUGCGAAUACUGACCGCUCUCGGUGAAUGCGCUAACUCAUUACUGUCACAAACAGUCGCGGAACGACAUCCGAAUGGCGGUGAAUGGAUGGUUCCUACUAGCACCCGUUCCGGUUCGCUCUUGCGGCUCAGUCAGACACUUUCCUCCUCUCAAACACAAUCAGUUUACUCAGCUCGAUCGGUUGCCACAGCACUCCUGGGUUUGUGUUAUGUACUAGUACGUGGGAAACUACAACAUGCAAGACGAUUCGUAACUUUGGGAGGUGUGGAGACGUGUCAAGAAAUUCUGUGCAAUACGAGUGACGCCUACCAGCGACACUCCACUGAGACACUCGCUGAUCAUACUUCAGUAGAACGAGUCAACCAACUCGCGCAUCAACUCCUGGAACUAUUAUGGUCGUUUGUUGAACUUAGACCGAUUUACAAACUGGCCGGAUGGAGUGAGACAGACUUCGGUAAAAUCAAGCGUGGUUAUCGACUGAGCGGUCUAGUUCGAAAACGUUCAAAAACCAUGCGACACUCACUAAGCACGAAAAAUUCACCGUCACAAAGCGACAGGACGUGCUCCAAUCUUCCGUACUCUUCGGAUAAACCUCAGUCAAUUGGAAGGAAGGACUCUCUGGAUAGUGAAUUUUCCAAUCUUGAACUGCACGAGGAGGGUGCAGACCUGACCUCAAUUCGAACAGGGAGGCAGUUGAGAAGUUUUCCAAAUGAAUUUUACGGUUAUCGCAGUCGUGAAUCUUGGAACGAUUCGCAUCGUUCUGAUUCACUUCCAACUAGGGCUGUGUAUAUCCCACCAUUGGAAGUGAAUAAACGAAGACCAGAGAAGAGCAGCAACCCACUGAGUUCAUUGAGAUUAGAAUAAGAAACAGAAAUCAAAAGAAGGUUGGAUGAGGGAGAGGUCAAUGGGUCACGGAAUCAGGUAAGUGACAUCAAUGUCAGACGGAGUUGUGGGACCGAAUGUUUCGUAGGCCAGUUCAAGUUCAGAGGUUGCACAAGUUUCUUUUGGAUGCAAAUUUGCGGAUCCAGCAGUCGGAUUCCAAUCGCUUCUGUGAUCGAUAGUAGCUUGGAUAGUACCAGUCGUGAUCGGUUCCGAGGUACCCGGUAUAUGAUGGUGAUGAUAGUUAUGAGGUCACCGAUGGCAUUCUGUGCCUUGAAAACAUGGUUAUCCCGCUUUGUCUUUACAAAUCCUGAGGAUAUAAUCAAUGCGCGAUUGGUA